UGAUGAAACUUCCAUCUGAAAAUUCAAACCAACAACUCUUCACCUCCAGAGACGACCCUGAAGCUGUAGAACCAGGAAGUAGAGAAGAACAUCAGAGCAACUGAGUUUGUGGUACAGAUGGAGGUCAAAGGUGGAGAAACAGUUCUUAGUGGAGGACCAUCAUGCUGGAGGAUGUCCUGAUAUUUUCUACUGGAUGUUUGCUCCAGCCACUGGAUGGAGCCACAGGGUGGAGGUUAAUACCGUCAGUCUUUGUUCAGUUUCCCACAGCAGAAGACUAAUGACUCUUUGCGUGUGGUGAUAGGCACACCUAAAUAUGGCAACAUCACACUGGUUGUUCUGUACAGCCUCAGGCUACGUUUCUCUCAGGUGUGCUGUUACCUGCCCAGAUAUGUUCAUUCUUUCAGUGGCAGCAGCAGCAGAAAUCAGCAGGAGUCAGGAGGAAGAGGAGGACAAAAUGAUCUUCAUCUUCAUCAUUCUUCUUCCAGUGGCUUGGCUCCAGAACCUCCAGGACCUCCAGGACCAGUGUCCCGGUGCAUCCUGUAAUCCACAGCUGGGUGACCUGAUGGUGGGUCGAGCUGCUCAGCUCUCAGCCUCAUCAACCUGUGGUCUGAAUGGACCUCAGACCUACUGCAUCAUCGGAUACCUGGAGGAGGAGCAGAAGUGUUUCACCUGUGACUCUCGUCUGCUGUAUGAUCGCUACAGCAACCCCAACAGUCACCGCAUCGAGAACAUCAUCACAACCUUUGACCCAGAGAGAAAACUAAAGUGGUGGCAGUCUGAGAACGGCGUUCAUCAGGUCAGCAUCCAGUUAGACCUGGAGACAGUGUUCCAGUUUAGUCACCUGGUCCUCACCUUCAAGAGUUUCCGUCCAGCGGCCAUGUUGGUGGAGCGAUCGAAGGAUUUUGGUCGAACUUGGAAAGUUUUUCGUUACUUUGCAGACGACUGCUCACUUCAUUUCCCGUCAGUGUCAAGUGAUCCGGCCGACAGCAUCAAUGACAUUGUCUGUGACAGCAGAUACUCCGGAUCAGAGCCGUCCACUGACGGAGAGGUGGUGCUGAAAGCGCUGGAUCCUAUCUUUGAAAUACAAAACCCAUAUUCACCAAACAUCCAAGAUCUGAUCACUCUGACCAACAUUCGGGUGAACUUCACUCGUCUGUUCACACUCGGUGACACGCUGCUGAGUCGAAGACGCAGGAACCCUCAGAACAAAUAUUACUACGCUCUGUAUAACAUGGUGGUCCGAGGAAGCUGCUUCUGUAAUGGACAUGCCAGCCGGUGUACACCUGUGGAUGGAGGACGGGGGGACGUCUUCACCCAGACUGGCAUGGUUCAUGGUCAUUGUGUUUGUCAGCACAACACAGCCGGAGAGAACUGUGAGAGAUGUCAGGACUUUUACCACGAUUCCCCCUGGAGGCCUGGAGGAGAAAACACAGCUGACAUCUGCAGGAGAUGUAACUGUCACGGUCAUUCGGACACAUGUCACUUCGACGCAGCUCGUUUGGAGGCGACGGGCGGCGUGAGCGGCGGUGUGUGUGAUGACUGCCGCCAUGACAGGAUGGGGCCUCAGUGUGAACAGUGUCGACCUUUCCUGUAUCAGGACCCACAGAGAGCGACAGACGACCCACACGCCUGCAUACCAUGUGACUGUGACCCAGCCGGGUCUCAUGGCGGAGGUCUCUGUGACACUCGGGACGGUCGAUGUCUCUGUAAAGAAAACGUGGAGGGUCGACGCUGCGAUCGUUGCAAACACGGCUUCUUUGGUCUGAGAAAGGAUGAGCCCGCUGGCUGCCAGGCGUGCAGGUGUCAUGCUUUGGGAAGCAUUGGGUCAUGUGAUCAGGUGACAGGAAAUUGUGAAUGUGACCAUCUGGCAAGCGGGCCACUGUGUGAUCGAUGUGUGGCAGGUUUCUGGGGUUUGGGAAACUCAGUGUUCAGAUGUUCUCCCUGUGACUGUGACAUUGGAGGAGCUCACAGCAGCUCGUGUUCUCCAGAGGACGGACAGUGUCACUGUUUACCAAACAUGAUUGGUCGGCGUUGCUCUGACCCUGCCCCAGGGUACUUCCUGCCUCAACUGGACUAUUUCCUAUAUGAAGCGGAGCUCACUGCCCCGCUGCACGUAGGAAGUUCUGCUUCAACUACUAACACUCCGUCAUCAUCGUCUUCUCUGUUGAAUCCUGUAGUAUUACCUCAGUGUGAGCAGUACUACAGAGAGCAGGGUUACGACUUCAGGUUCACUAAUGGACGAGUUGUCCUAGUCCGGAGGACUCGUCGACAUGUCCGCAGGAGGAGGCAAAGACAGCACCAGACCAGCAUCCCUCUGGAUCUGGGUCACGCCCUGCAGAUCAUUCCCCGUCAGAGGACACCUGAUCAGCCCGUCACUUGGACUGGCUUGGGAUUGGUCAGAGUGUUGGAGGGGGCGGGGCUUCGGUUCACUGUGGACAACUUGCCAUCAUCCAUGGAUUACCAGCUGGUGAUUCGCUACGAGCCGGAGACUCCAUCUGAUUGGCUGGCUUCAGUCAGCAUCAUCACACUGUCACCAGGUGACAGGGGCUGCAGCAGCGACCCAACAGGAAGUCAAACUCUGGUUCUUCCUGGAAACUCCAGAGGAGGUGUUUUGAAUUCUGCGGUGUGUCUGAACGCUGGAGCUCGGUACUUUGUCGACGUCAUCUUUAAUAAACAAGCUGGAUCUGAUGGAUCACAUAUCCUGAUCGACUCGAUGGGUUUGAUUCCCAGCAUCGACUCUGUCCAGGACUUCUGCUCCCAGAGUGACCUGGAAUCUUUCCGCCGUUUUCGCUGCAUUGGAUUGGCUGCUGAACUCGACCCACAGGAGUCACUACCAGAAAUCUGUGAGGGACUCAUCAAGAGUAUGUCAGCACGAAUCCACAGCGGAGCUGUUCCUUGCAAGUGUAACAUCAUUGGUUCACUCGGACCAUCCUGCAGUAAACUGGGUGGCUUCUGUGAAUGUAAACCCAACGUGAUUGGCCGUUGCUGUGAUACCUGUGCACCACUGACAUUUGGCUUCGGACCUGGCGGCUGCAAGCCAUGUGAAUGUGACCAUCAGGGUUCAAUGUCAGAGCUGUGCGAUCAGGUCAGAGGUCAGUGUGCGUGUCGUUCAGAGGUGACAGGUCGACGCUGCGAUCGCUGUCGGGCAGGAUUCUGGCGUUUCCCUCUCUGUCGACCCUGUGAGUGUAACGGACUGUCAGAGGUCUGCGACCAAGAGACCGGAGAGUGUCUGAACUGCAGAGAGUACGCCAACGGACCACACUGUGACAGGUGUGAGGAGGGUUACUAUGGCGACCCUGUCUCCAGACAGCCCUGUCAGCCCUGCUUGUGUCCAGAUGUUCAGAGGAGUGGACGGUUCUUUGCCACUUCCUGCCAACAUGACCCACAAUCCCUCAGUCUGACCUGCAGCUGCAGGGAGGGACACACAGGUCCACGCUGCGACAGGUGCAGCCCUGGUUUCUAUGGUAACCUAUCGUUGCCAGGUGCCAGGUGUGAGGGGUGUCCCUGCAACAAUAACAUCGACUGGGACGAUCGUGACGCCUGCGACAGUCUGACAGGCGAAUGUUUGCGGUGUCUCCACAACACGAUGGGAUCAGGCUGUCAAAACUGCAAACCUGGUUACUAUGGCAACGCCCUGGUCCAAGACUGCAAAGAAUGCUCGUGUGACCGGCGGGGGACGGAGGUGACUCAGUGUCCUCUGGGGAGUCCCUGUUUCUGUAACCCGAGAACGGGACAGUGUCCUUGCAGGAGGGGUGCAGUGGGAGUCCUCUGUGACGAAUGUGAGGACGGAUACUGGAACCUGGAUGGACCGUCAGGAUGUCAGCCCUGCAGCUGUGAUCCUGUUAACUCUUUCUCCAACAUCUGCAACAAGGUGAUGGGACAGUGUCCAUGUCGUCCUGAGUUUGGAGGGAGACAGUGUGAUGAAUGUGGAGAAAAUCAUUUUGGGAAUCCAGACCUGCAGUGUAUAUCUUGUGACUGUAACCUGGAGGGAACUGAGCGUCCAUCAUGUGACCCUGAAACCGGUGAAUGUAUCUGUCGAACCGGUGUCACUGGUAUCUUCUGUGACGAGUGUGCCGUCGGUUACAGCUCAGAGUUCCCGGCCUGUAAGGAGUGCCACCCCUGCACCAUCCUUUGGACUGAAAAUGUCACUGAUGUCCAGCGAGCUGCCCAAAGGAUGAGAACCUUCAUCCCUCGCCAUGGCGACAAUCUGCGCCCCAGAGACAGUCACCACAGACAACGGAUGCUGGAGAUGCACUCCAAACUGGACAGGCUUACCAAUCUGACAGGACUGUCCCUGCCGAAGGUGGAGAAGGUGGAGAAACUGUGCAUGAAGAUUAGGAAGCUGAAAGAUGCCAUCGACCCGAACACGAUCCUCAUUGAUCUGUCUCCUCUCCUCAACACUGAAAUUGACAACAUUGGUUUGGAGUUCAAGAAGCUACUGAACAGCUUGAAGGAAAAACUAAUCAAGGAUCCAGAUGAUGAAGAUAAAGGGGACCUGGAAGAGCUCCUGGAUGAGAUCCAAAAGCUUCAUAAAGACUUCAUGUCAGAUGAAAAGAAGGUAAGAAACGCCAACAAAGCUUUAGAGGACUCCAUGGACACCAGAAAGGAAGUUAAACACAAACUGAGCACGUGCAGCAGCAGUGGAGAUCUGACGCCAAUGGAGAAGAAGAUCAAAGAGCUCAGUGUGGUCAAGCUCAACCAGAAGGUCUGUGGGGGACCAGGUCUAGACGACUGUUCAGGAUGUGGUGGAGCUCUGUGUGGUCUGGAUCUGGGGAAAAGGAAAUGUGGAGGUCCAAACUGUGAUGGAGUCAUUUCUGUCAGUGAGAGAGCUUCAGAAAUGGCAGAGAAAGCAAAGGACCAACUCAACACGCUCCCAUCUAGACUGGAAGAAUCCAAGAACAAGAUCAAUGAUGCCAAACAGGCAGCUCAAGACACCAAAGACCAGGCCAAAGACCUGCAGGACCAGAUCAGCGACAAUAUAGACUCCUUAGAGAGAGAGAGGAGCAUAACCAGGAAGCUCAUCCAGCAAGUUAAAGACUACCUGAUGGAUGAGAUGGUUCCUCCAGAAGACAUCGAGAAAAUGGCCCGAGCUGUUCUGGCCAUCCAGCUGCCACGAUCACCUGCUAAAAUCCAAUCAAUGAUCAAUGACAUCAAUAAUCUGCUGUCCAACACUAUGCACUUCCAGAAUGACCUGAAGAACCUGGAGGAGCACGCCAAGACUGCCCAGGACCUGCUGCAGAAAGCUCAGGAGCUCAAGGAACGAUCAAAGGACAUUGAUGUGUCACAGAUUAACAGAGACAUUUAUGAAUCAGAGAAAGCUCAGAGCAAAGCCAAUGACGACCUGGAAGCAGCCAGCCGAGACAGAGACAUGACCAAAGACCGACUCCCAGACAUUAAAGACAAACUGGACGACAUUGAGACAAAGCUGAUGAAUCGUCAACAUGAAAAUCUGCUAAAUGAGAUUGAAGCUCUGAAGAAGAAAACUGAACAGAACCAAGAGAUGGCCAGAGACGCCCAAGAGGCUGCAACGUCCUCAGCUUUGAACGCUAUUGACACAGCAAAGGAACUGGACAAUGCGAUGAAACUGUUUGAGGUUUUAAAAGAGAAAAACUUGAACCAGACGGUUCAGGGUGAAGCUGGAGAACGACUGAAGAAAAUCAUGGAGGAGGCGGAGAACAUGAAGAGAGAGGUGGAGGACAAACUGACACAGAUACAAGGUCUGGAGGAGAAGAUCCAGCAGCUGAUCAGGAGUAAGGAGGAAAAAUCAGCUGAAGUCUCAAAGUUGUUCGAAACAGUCGAUUCACUUCGACAGGAAAUCUCCAAACGAGCUGAAAUAUAUGCCACCUGUACUACGUAAAUACUACAGAGUACUACAGCGUACUGCACACUGAAACACUGCUCCUUAGAAAUACCACAGAGUACUGCAUAGUGAAAUACUCAGACAGAUGUCAUUUGUUUUGCUUUAUUUUCUUCCUUUAUCUGAAAACUUUAAAACUGGAAUCUGAAGUUCUUUGUUUCUUGUGUUUUUUUCUUUGCGUUUCAUAUUUUUCCAAGUUUAUUCAAUAAAAUAUCUGAAGUGUAGAAAAUAUUCUGCAUCGUGAGAUAAAUGUUGAACUUUUUUAUUUUAUCAUAAAAUCAAUUUGAUCAUUGUGA